CAGCCACGCCCGAUACACACGCUCCUAAUUCUCCCUCAAACAACCCCUUAAGUCGUUUCCAUCUAUCUUUCUAUCUCUUACCUUCCAAGAUAACAAAUUAUGUUACGCACACAAGCACUUCGCUCCGUCGCUCGCCGCGGCAUACCCCUCGCUAGUGCUCGCAUUGCUUUGCCGCAUGUACGAAUGUUAGCGACUCCGCCAGACCCUACCAAACCUUCCUCAGAUCCAAAGUUUGACUCGGCAAAGAGCGACUCGACAAUCAAACCUAAAGGAACAUCGCAGACAACGCUGUAUCUCUUGGUGGGAGGAACCGCUGUGGCUGUUGGAGCAUGGUACUACAUGCAAGGCAGCAAAGUCGAUCAACAUGCACAGAGAAAGGCAGAUGAAGAGCAGAUUAAGCAGAAGGCCCAGGAGCUGAAGGAGGCCGGCAAAGUAACGGCGCAGGAUGCUGCAAAGCAGGCGGAGCAAAGUUACGAUGCCUACAAGGAGAAGCUAGCUGAAGCACGAGCUCAAACUGCUUCUACAACCUCUGAAGGACAAGCUAAGCUCGACUCCUACAAGACCUCUGCUUCGCAGACACUAGCGGAAGCACGUGACGCCGCCAACGAAGCUGCGCGUAAAGCAGAACAAUCAUAUCUCGAGGCCAAGGACGCUGCCGCUCGCAAGGCUGAAGAGGCCCAGCAGACUUGGGGCCAGUGGUUCGGAAGCUGGUUUGGAUAUGGAAAUAAGUGAUGGAACGAGGAGCUGAGAAGGUGACGAAUGGUGCAGACAAGGUCGAGGAAGAGACCAGGAAGCGUGCAUGAGCUCGUAACAUGGAAAAUAUUCAAGAAUUUGGAAGGAAAAAUCUGGUCGGACUCUGUCAUUGUAUGAUUAUCUUGCAUAUACUGCUGUAACAAUGUACUAUCAUCGUGACAUUUAUUCCCUCGUCAAGGUCAGGGCAGAUUGAGGCUUCUCGAGAUUUCUUGGGGUGUCAGCCAAUUUCGCGUCGCCGUUAACUCUUCGCCA